AUGUCCUCCUCCAAGAUCCUCCGCCCCAAACCCCGGCGUCCCUACGAAACCUUAACCCCCCAAUCCCCUCCCUCGCCUCUCCUUUCACCCGCCGCAAUAGACGACACGCCCUCCCGCACGCACUCGAUCCUAAACCUCACCUCCAGCACCCUCCUAGGAAUCUACUCGCAAACCGGCUACCAAAGCGACCUACAAUCCGACCUCCCGUCGACCCCCUCUUCUCCACCUACCUCUGCCCCUAUCCGCCGUCGACUUUCAACCUUACCACCAGUACACAAACCCACCACCCUCGAACUCGGCUGGAAAUUAGGGUUGCGAGGAGUACUGCUCUUCGGAAUGGGCAUGGGCUACGGCUUACUAGUCCGCCAUCUCCACGACGACAGACGACUUGCUCCGUUCCAGGUGGAAGGGAUUAUCAAGCCUAGAGACGACGCUGGAUAUUUACUGUUCUGGGGAAUUGCGGGCGUGGCGUUGGGGAGUUUGUUACCGUGGGUUGACACCCUGUUUGCGGUCCCGCAACUGGAUACGUCGGUUUUUGAGAAGAAAAAGGAGGAAGAAGAGGAGAGCGAAGGGGGAAUUUGGGGCGCGGAUUGGACGCCGGUUGUGAGGAGCGUGGGGGCUUUUGUGGGGAUUGCUUAUGCCAUUAGAAAACUCCCUUGGACUUCAACCCUACAAGCCUCUUUGACACUCGCGCUUGUGAACCCAGCCCUCUGGUACCUAAUCGACCGCUCCAAACCAGGAUUCAUCCUCUCCACCGCCGUUGGCGCCACAGGCACGGCUCUCCUGCUCGUCUCGAAUCCAGAUAUGAUGCCCUCUCCAGCCUCCUCAGGGAACUCAACUUCGAAAUAUCCCUAUUUGGGGAAAGGCGGGAAUUGGGCAGGGGAAUGGGUGGGGAGAGAGAGUAUCGAGGGCGCUGUUUGGAUAUUGAGCGUGUUGUUUUGUAGCUGUGUUUGUUUUGGGAACAUUGGAAGGCGAUUGGCGCUGAGUGGGACUGGGACACGAAAAGUGAUACCCGCGAGAAUGCUGAAAAGUGGGAAUAGUGAGGAUUCGAGGAGGUAG